GCCCUGCAGCUGGGGACGGUGCUGGUAGGAUCCCCCACGCAGGACGGGACCAUCUCCAUCCUCACCACAUCGGCGGAGGCGGACGAGCCCCACAGGGUACAGUUCCCGGCUCCCCACCAAGGCAGCCCCCUGAGCCCAGGGCAGCCUCGCUGGGCCAACUACGUCAAGGGCGUCAUCCAGCACUACCCGGGUGGUCCUGUGCCGGGCUUCAGCGCCGUGAUAGCCAGUGACAUCCCCCUGGGCGGGGGCCUCUCCAGCUCAGCCGCUCUGGAGGUGGCUACUUACACCUUCCUCCAGCAGCUCUGCCCUGAUGAUGGUGAUUUGGUAGCCAAGGCACUGGUGUGCCAGAAAGCGGAGCACACGUUUGCCAGCAUGCCCUGCGGGAUCAUGGACCAGUUCAUAUCUGUGAUGGGCAAGGAAGGCCACGCACUGCUCAUUGACUGCAGGUCCCUGGAGACCGUCCUUGUCCCGCUGACUGAUGCCAGCUUGGCCGUCCUCAUCACCAACUCCAAUGUGCGGCACACGCUGACAGGCAGCGAGUACCCCACACGCCGGCGGCAGUGCGAGGAGGUGGCAGCGGCCCUCGGCAAGGCCAGCCUGCGAGAUGCCACCAUGGCUGAGCUGGAAG